CCCGACUAGCUUGUGCGGACAUUGACACGUAAGUUGCCCUUUUGCUACGUGACCAGGGCACUUACCUUACCGGACGUUUACCUGCCGUGGGGAGCCCUUGUCCCUCCGACGUAUCCCCGCCCCGACAUCUCCUUAUCGUCCAUAUUUCUUUCAUGAACAACUAACAUGGGGACGAGUGAUAUCGCCGCAGGUGUUUCUCCCAUUGAGAAAACCUCGGGAGCUUCGAACAGCGAUAAGGGGGCUCAAAAAAAUGAGGAGGGUUCAAAAGCAGCGGUGCCUCCGCCAGAGAGCAAGAUGCAACGUGUCUUUGGGUUUAAGAAGGAGGACCUCUGCUCCUGGCAUCGUCUGGUGUGUCUUUUAAAUCGUCCCACUGACCCUGCGUCGUUGGGCAUAUUUCGCUGCUUGUUUGGCAUGCUGAUGGCAAUUGACAUCACCCAGGAGAGAGGCCUCAGUCACCUGGACUACAAGUACCUGGAUGGAGCCCCGGUUUGUCGCUUUCCCCUCUUCAAUUUCUUAAAGCCACUGCCCAUGGAUUGGAUGUACUUCGUCUAUGUGGUGAUGUUCUUUGGUGCUGUGGGUAUUAUGCUUGGGUGUUUCUACCGUUUCUCCUGCCUGAUGUUUGUGUCCACGUAUUGGUACGUCUUCUUCCUGGACAAAACUGCAUGGAACAAUCACUCUUAUCUUUAUGGCCUUAUUGGAUUUCAACUAACACUCUUGGAUGGCAACAGAUACUGGUCAAUUGAUGGAUUACGGAAACCUGCAAAAAGAAAUGCCCAUGUGCCACUAUGGAACUACACUAUCUUGAGGACACAGAUCUUCAUUGUAUACUUCCUUGCUGGUCUGAAGAAACUGGACGCGGACUGGGUGGAGGGAUAUUCCAUGUCGUAUUUAGCACACCAUUGGCUUUUUGAUCCUUUUAAACUGAUUUUGCCAGUGGAUUUAGUUAGUCUGCUAGUGGUACAUGGAGGUGGGCUUGUUCUUGAUAUGACUGCCGGCUAUCUCCUGUUUUUUGAUGCCACUCGACCUUUUGCAAUUUUCUUUGUCUCCUACUUCCAUUGUAUGAACUCCCAACUCUUCAGUAUUGGGAUGUUUUCCUAUACAAUGCUGGCCACCAGUCCUCUUUUCUGCUACCCUGACUGGCCAAGGAGAUUCUUUGCACAUUUUCCAGAGGCCUUGAGAGCGGUCCUGCCUCUCACAUCUACAGACAUUCAGCCUAGUGUGUCCUGUGUUUACCCUGAGGUCCAGAAUACAAGCACAGGAUCCCAGGUCACCCCAACUGUCUCCAAGCCCUCCACACCAAGGCUUAAACACAAGCUGAGAGUUGUUUUCAUAAUCCUCUAUUUGGCUGAACAGUUCUUCCUGCCUUACUCCCAUUUCAUCACACAGGGUUACAACAAUUGGACCAAUGGCUUGUAUGGGUACUCCUGGGACAUGAUGGUUCACUCCCGCAGCCACCAGCAUGUCAAGAUCACGUAUAAAGAUGGAAAAACAGGAGAAAUUGGAUAUCUCAAUCCUGGGGUUUUCACUCAAAGUAAGCGCUGGAAAGACCAUGGAGACAUGCUGAAGCAGUACGGGGUCUGCCUCAGCCACUAUCUGCCUCGGUACAAUAUCUCUGACCCUGAAAUUUACUUCGACAUCUGGGUGUCCAUAAAUGAACGGUUUCAACAGAGGAUCUUCGAUCCCCGUGUGGACAUUGUAAAGGCUGACUGGUCUCCUUUCCAACCAACACCAUGGCUGAUGCCCUUAUUGGUUGAUCUCUCACCUUGGAGGACUAAAUUCCAGGAGAUUGAGGGCACUCUGGAUAACCAGACUGAAAUUGUCUUCAUUGCUGAUUUCCCAGGUCUCCACUUAGAAAAUUAUGUGAGUGAAGACCUGGGCAACACCAGUGUUCAGGUAUUGCAGGGCCAAGUUAACGUUGAGGUGGUGGAGGAAAAGAAAAACUAUACACUCCAGCCUGGUGAGCAGAUGAAGCUACCUGCCGGGGCCUACCAUAAGGUGUACACCAUUUCUGAGGAACCUUCUUGCUAUAUGUACAUCUAUGUCAACACCACAGAGGCAGUGCUACAAGAAAACUUCACCAAGCUGUUUGAGCUCCAGGAACGGGUUCGCAAUGGGACAGAAACUGAACCCCUCCCACCAGAGUUGCAGCCGCUUAUCACUGCAGGUGACGAUGAGGGGUCAGAGGUCAAUGCCACUGACCCAAUCGUUCGCCUGUUUUUGAAGAGGCAGCGCCGCAUGAAGGAGGUGAAGAAACGCAGGGAGGCGAAUGUGUUUGAGCGACUGCAUCGCUUUUCUGUGAAAAAGUACUACAUGCUAAGGAGAGGGUUCUUGUUGACAGCCAUUGCUUUGCGCAACCUAGCGGUGGGUCUGCCCCCUCUGGAGCAGCUGACCAGGGAGGUCGCCUUCGCCAAUAUGAAAGAACCUCAGGUGGAAGCCAGCAAAGAUGACCCCCUCAAUGAUGAAGUCGGUCAUGGAGAAUUAUAGAGCAAUCGUUGGAGCGUCGAUACUCUGUGCAAGUGCCUCCCACAAGUGCGUUGUGGAAAUAUGCAAAUGAACUGUCAAAUAUCUGGGUGAUUAUCGAAGGUUGAAUCAGUUCAUCUGGAUACAAUGUUUACUGACAGUUACGUUUCUGUCAGUAAACAUUGUAUCCAGAUGAACUGAUUCAACCUUCUUUGAUUUUCUUACCUGGAUUAUUGAGCAUGCAUCAAGACAUCUAGGCGAUUACUACUGGACUGUUACUGCAGUGAGCUCAUACCCGUGUCAUCUUCAGAGGAUGUUUAAGUACUUUGCUUCUGAGAUGUGGGAAUUCAGAGGAACUUUCAAGUCAGUGUUUUUUUUUUACAGGUUUAUAAACAUAAAUUCAUGACAAGUUUGAGUCAUGGUUAUGAUGAGACAAAACUGUGUGUGCUAAUUCCUGUACAUUCCUUUAUCUUGCAAAAUCACAUUUAUUAAUCGGUUGAAAUAGAUUAUGUUAAAUUUGUCCAAAUUGUACAAGUACCUUUCACAAAUGUGCUUGCAGUGCCCUGACCUUUUUUUCAGAGAAUAAAAUAACCUUUGUUAGGCAGGAAUUUAAUGCUAGCCCUUUGUGAGAAUACUGGAUUGAUAAAAAAGUGAAACAAUUUGUGGGAGCUACCUUUUAUAUUCAUGUUUACAAUAAAGAGAUUAA